AGGAAGGGAAACAUUACUGGGUUACUAUGCACUUGCGACUGAUUUCUUGGUUUUUUAUCAUUUUGAACUUUAUGGAAUACAUCGGCAGCCAAAACGCCUCCCGGGGAAGGCGCCAGCGAAGAAUGCAUCCUAACGUCAGUCAAGGCUGCCAAGGAGGCUGUGCAACGUGUUCAGAUUACAAUGGAUGUUUGUCAUGUAAGCCCAGACUAUUCUUUGUUCUGGAAAGAAUUGGCAUGAAGCAGAUCGGAGUGUGUCUCUCUUCAUGCCCAGGUGGAUAUUACGGAACUCGAUAUCCAGAUAUAAAUAAGUGUACAAAAUGCAAAGCUGACUGUGAUACCUGUUUCAACAAAAAUUUCUGCACAAAGUGUAAAAGUGGAUUUUACUUACACCUUGGAAAGUGCCUUGACAAUUGCCCAGAAGGGUUGGAAGCCAACAACCACACCAUGGAGUGCGUCAGUAUUGUGCACUGUGAAGCCAGUGAGUGGAGUCCUUGGAGUCCAUGCACGAAGAAAGGAAAAACAUGUGGUUUCAAAAGAGGGACUGAAACAAGGGUCCGGGAAAUAACACAGCAACCGUCAGCAAAAGGCAACCUGUGUCCCCCAACCAGCGAGACCAGAAAGUGUACAGUGCCAAGGAAGAAGUGUCAGAAGGGAGAACGAGGAAAAAAAGGAAGGGAGAGGAAAAGAAAAAAACUUAAUAAAGAAGAAAAUAAGGACGCAGUACCUGAUAACAAAGGUCUGGAACCGAGCAGAGAAACCCCAGAACAACGAGAAAAUAAACAGCAGCAGAAGAAGCGAAAGGUCCAGGAUAAACAACAGAUAUCGGUAUCCGUCAGCACUGUACAUUAGAGGGUCCCGUGAGGUUGUCGUAGACUCGUGAUGCUGCUAUCUCAACCAGAUGCCCAGGACAGGUGCUCUAGCCAUUAGGACCACAAAUGGACAACGUGUCAGUUACUGCUCAGUCUAAACAACAUUCCAAAUAGUUGCUAUACCUUCAUACAAGCAUAGUUAACAACACAGAGCCCAAAGUUCAAAGAAGGGAUGCUUUCAAAUGGUUAUCUUACAUGCUUCUGUGCAUUUUUAAGAGACAAGAAAUUUUUUACAUAAUUAUCAAUAGGCUAUAAGUUGUAACAACCUAAGAUGUCAUCUGGAGAAUCAACAUCUUUUCCCUAUUAAAACAAUAUUUUUCAAGCUAUUAUUUUAAGAAACAAAAGAUAGCUCUGCAAAUUCAAAGAUACCAUAUCCCUUCAAAACAAACAAGAGAUCAGGGGAGAGAAACAUCUUUCAAAGGACAGUGUUGUUUUGUCCAGGAGAUCUGGAGAGUGCUCAGAUGUUAGGGCCUGGCAUUUGGAAUCAAGAAUUCUCACCAUAGAAACAACUAUUGUUAAGAUUGGUCCUGUUGCCCUCAUCCCAUCUCGCAAGAAGCAUGAGAGUGCACAUAGAGUUAAAUAUACUGUAUGGGAUUGGAGAAAGGCAAAAUGUGGAAGAAGCCAUAGAGUUGGAGAUGACUUGUGUGCUUUACAAAACUGUGAAGGGUUGUGAUCACCUGGAACAGGUCUCCAGUCUAUGUUGGCACCGUGUGGUUCAGCCUCUGCUGCCCCUUGGGUUAUAUAAGUCUGUAACACGUACCUGUAACUUGCUUCCAAAAGCAAAACCAUACUUAUUAGAAGGAAAUUGUGAUUUCAUAUAAAACAGAAACUAGAGCAAGGAGAAUAUAACAGGUUUGCAAAGUCAUGUGUUUUCUUUCUCUACGAGGGAGAAACCAUUUUAUACCUGCUUAAUGGUCCACCUGGAACUCAGAGGGAUACUACUUUCUAACGAGGUGUAUCUAGUAGUGGAGAAAGCCACCACAAUAAAUAUAUUUGUUGAUAGUUUUAAAAGUUUGGUUCAUUUUGUUUUAUUGGAAAAUUGUUGCUCUUAGAGACUCAUGAAUUAGGAGAGAACUCUGUAUCCUAUGUCAUUCAGAACAUAUUACAUUUCUCAGCAUUUUCUCUUUAAAUCUUCUGUGGGAUGUAAGCUCAUGGAGAUUUACUUAAAGGGUAUCAGGAGAUAUUUAUUCAACUUAUUUCCUUAUUUUAAUCAACAAAAUUCUUACUAUAGAUGUAUAGGCCUCCCUAAAUUAUUUCACUGUCCCCCUUCACUGCUUAGAAAUGAGCUCCUUGAUUGUAUGUUGCAUCUUGAACACUUGGCCUUUUCUUCUCCAUAUUUUCUCAGUCUGUGGACUUCUUUUGGGGAUUGAAGUCACACUAGCUGAAGGCUUCACCAGUGUUUCCUAGAGGACACAGCCAGCCCAGGGCUGUGCACAUAAUCUCGCGACCCAACUCAAACUUCCUGCUGUAAUGGGGGGGGCAUGCCGUGUGACUGCUCUGUCCACCACGCCUCCUCACCCUCUAAAGAUCGCUGCUUUCUGAAGAGUUUGCAGUGAAUUGGGCUUCUGGCUCAAUUCUUGUGGUCAUUCUUUCUCUACCAACUGCCCUAUUUAUAUGGACUGAUUGGCUUACUUCAUUUCCACUUCUCUUUUGCUCUUCCAAAAUACAAAAUUUUUGAAUAAUGUUUUCCUGUUUCUUAUUCUGGUGUUUUCUUAGGCACAUGGGAAAAGUAUCUCAACUAAGUAUAUCUAUUUCCAAUGUAUAAAAAUAAUUCUAUCUUCAACUACAACUUACUUACCAAGGAUAACCAGGGCUUUUUCUACAGAAGUACAUUCGGUGAAAAAGAGAAUAUUCCCAUGUUUUAGAAUUUUUUUCUUGGUUUCAACCAUCAUCUUUGUCCUCGGUCUUACCUAGUCAAGCAUAAGUUGCUAAAUUAUUUUAUGUGUAUCUUUUCAUAUUUAUCAUUGUCUUCAUUAUUUCAAUAAGCAAUUCCUGGGAAGGUCUGUGCCUAUAUAUGUAGUGCUGGGAAAGGGUUAAAU